AUGAGUGCUAAAACAAGAAGACCUGGUACCGCAGGUAAUCAAACACUUAAUGAAUGCGUCCAGGUAGUCGUAAGAUGUAGGCCCAUGAGCAACCGGGAGCGUACAGAGGGUUCCGAAGAAGUUGUCACCGUUUACCCGAAUCGUGGAGUUAUUGAAAUCGCUAGCAUUUCAGACUCUUACAAGGAGCAACGCAAAAUGUUUACUUACGAUGCGGUUUACGACGCCGGAGCAUCCCAGACUACUGUCUACAAUGAGGUUGUGUUUCCUUUAGUGAGCUCCGUGCUUGAAGGUUAUAAUGGUUGCAUUUUUGCUUACGGUCAAACGGGUACAGGAAAGACCUUCACUAUGGAGGGUAUACGCGGCAACGAUGAGCUCGUCGGCAUUAUUCCAAGAACGUUUGAGCAAAUUUGGCUGCAUAUCAAUCGUACCGAGAAUUUCCAGUUUCUGGUCGAUGUUUCAUAUUUAGAAAUUUACAUGGAAGAAUUAAGAGAUCUAUUAAAACCUAACUCUAAACAUUUGGAAGUAAGAGAAAGCGGUUCUGGUGUUUACGUGCCCAAUUUGCAUGCUAUCACCUGCAAAAGUGUAGACGACAUGAUGAACGUGAUGAGAAUGGGUAACAAAAAUCGUACCAUUGGCUUUACUAAUAUGAACGAACACAGCUCCAGAUCUCAUGCUAUAUUUAUGAUUAAGAUAGAAAUGUGCGACAUCGCCACGAACACCAUAAAAGUGGGAAAAUUGAAUCUUAUUGAUUUAGCUGGAAGUGAGCGUCAAACAAAAACUGGGGCCUCCGCUGAAAGAUUAAAAGAGGCGAGCAAAAUCAAUUUGGCUUUGUCAUCGUUGGGCAACGUUAUAUCGGCUUUAGCUGAGGGAUCUCCCCAUGUUCCCUAUCGUGAUUCAAAACUGACCCGUUUGCUUCAAGACUCUUUGGGGGGUAAUUCUAAAACCAUUAUGAUUGCAAAUGUUGGACCUUCAGCGUAUAAUUAUAAUGAAACAUUAACCACGUUGCGAUACGCUUCGCGUGCUAAGGCCAUACAAAAUCAACCGGUUAAGAACGAAGAUCCACAAGAUGCGAAGCUUAAGGAAUAUCAGGAAGAAAUUGAGCGUCUCAAGCGUUUAAUAGGUUCUAAGCAACUGCAACAAAAAGUAGAAAAACCAAUUAAAAGAAGCUUGAAAAAACCAAAGAUAGAAAAGAAAGAAAAACUACGCCGUGAAUUGGAGGAAACAACCCCUAACCACUUUACAGUUGAAAACGAUCCUGGAAGAGAGGAAAAAGAAAUCGAAUCAGACAAAGAAAACGAAGUAGAAGAAGAGGUGGCAAAAACUAAUGAACAGCUGGAAUGUGAGCGAUUGGAGACCGCGAAAUUGGCUGCUAAACUUGCGGAGCUCGAAUCUCAACUUGUGCAAGGCGGCAAAAACUUACUUGAUACUUAUAGCGAACGUCAAAUUGAACUGGAAAAAAAGUUGGUGGAAAUAGCGGAGCGCAAAAAACGUGAAAUUGAGAUGCAGCAAAAAUUGGAAUUGCAAGAGGAAACUACUUUGGAAAUAAGAGAGACAGUGACAUCAUUGGAGCAGGAAGUCGACUUAAAGAAACGUAAACUUUCUAAAUGUUAUGCUAAAUAUUUGGCGUUGCAACAAGAGCUAAAUGAUUGCAAAUAUGAGCACAACCAGGAUUUGAGGGAGCUGGAAAUGGCCCAAAAUGAACUUGUCAAGGAAUUAAAACGUCAAUUAUUGAUUAUUGACAACUUCGUGCCAAUAGAAGUGAAGCAAAGACUUUAUACCCAAGCUAAAUACGACGAAGAACAAGAAGAAUGGAAAUUUUCAACUUUACCUCUUAAUUGUGAUGGAAUUUACAGCAACAAACGACCAGUGUCUCAUCCCCAAAGGCGUCGACCCAUCUCAGAAUAUGCUUUAUUGGAAGCCAAGUCCGGUUCGAAUGAGGCAGCCUUACGUUUCAAAAGUGAAAACAUAGUAUCCUAUGAAUUGGAAAUGCCAUGUCGCACAACUCAAGAGUACCGAUCUCCGAAAAUCUCUGCCUCUUUACAGGCGGUACUAGCCCAGGCCAUGCAAACAGGAGAUGAUAUUGAUAUAGUAGACGCACACACAAAUUCCAUACGUAGCCGACUGGAGAGCAUAAUUAAUGCCAAUGCCAGUGCGGCCACGGCUGCGACCACGAAUGGUCAUGCAUUGAACAACUCAAGUUCAAGGAAUACAAAAUCUACCCGUAACAUUAAUGGUGUGUCCUCAACAGCUGCAUUGGAUUCUAACAGGAGACCACCAACUGGCCGUUCGCAGUUGAAAAAGCCCCCUUCUGCUUAUCCCAAAGCCAGAGGUCUAAUUAAUAAAUGAAGAGGUCUAGUCAAUAAAUGAAGCUAUUCGUCACGUCUUUAUUCGACUUAAAAAAAAUUAACUUACUUUUGCUGUAUUAUCACGUAUUUAUUUUACCACAUAAUUCGCGUGCAUACCAUUGUCACGUCAAGGACACUUAACAUUCUUCUAAAGCAUUUGCUCAUUGCUUCCUUUUUUUUUCUUUCGUUUUUGUGGUGCAAUUUAGUAUUAAGUUUUUAUAUUUAUUUUUUGCUAUAUUUUAAAUAAUUUAAGCUUUUUAAUGAGUUUCUUCUAAAGCACAAAAUAUUAAGCAUAAAAAUAUACAAAUGACCACUC